AUGGGUGCCCAGAUGCCUGAAGCCAUGCCACACUGGGAGUGCAGAUGGGCUCUGCCCUGGGCUAUGCUCCUGCUUCUCUUAGGUUUCCAGCUCCUGGGGACUCACAGCUGGAGUUCCCAAGAGGAAAGGAACAGCAAUGAACAAAAGGACAUGGAAAAUCAUUUCCCUGCCACCGUGGAGUAUGCCUUAUACAUAUUCAACCUGCAGAGCAAGGACUUAAAGAUAGAAGACAGCCUGGCCUUCUCCAUGGAGCUGGAGUUCCACAGAACCGAAUGUGGGAAAUUUGAUGAUGAUAUUGACAACUGUCCCUUCCAAGAAAGCUCAGAGCUGAACAAUACUUUCAACUGCUUCUUCACCAUUAUCACUAUGCCCUGGAAAACCUCCUUCAAACUCCUGUACAAAACCUGCUUGGAAGGCUUCCAUUGA